AUCUUUGCUCGCGCAAAUAUUUGACUUCCUCUUCCUGUCUUCUGUAUUUUUCUCUUACAGGUCCAAGUGACCCUGCCUGCAAUAGGCGAGGAGUCCAAAAACCAGGGCCAUGAUUGGCUCUCCUGGCCCUGGUGGGCGUGCCUUAGUGCCAUGGCCAAAGAUGUGGUGGGGGGUCCUGGCUGCUUCUCUGGUAGCCGUCUUAACUUUGACGCUGCCAGGAAGUAGCCAGGCCUGCCCGCCGCGGUGCGAGUGCUCGGCUCAGCUGAGGUCGGUGUCGUGUCAGCGGCGGCGGCUCACCAACAUCCCCGAAGGCAUCCCCACCGAGACACAACUCCUGGAUCUCAGCAAGAACCGACUCCGAUGGGUACAACCAGGUGAUCUGGCACCAUACCCCCGGCUGGAGGAGGUAGAUCUCAGUGAAAACCUCAUCGCCACAUUAGAGCCCAAUUCCUUUGCCAGUCUGCCAGGUCUUAAAGUGCUGAAGUUACGAGGCAACCAGCUGAAGUUAGUGCCCAUGGGGGCUUUUGCCAAGCUGGGCAAUCUGACCAGCCUGGACCUGAGUGAAAACAAGAUUGUCAUUCUGCUGGACUACACUUUCCAAGACCUGAGGAGUCUAAAACACCUGGAAGUGGGAGACAAUGACCUGGUUUAUAUUUCCCACAAGGCAUUCUCGGGUCUGCUGGGACUGGAAGAUCUCACCAUAGCUCGCUGUAACCUGACAUCCAUUUCAGGCCAAACGUUGUCCUACCUACGCAGCCUCGUCACCCUUCGCCUACGUCACGUCAGCAUUACGGCUCUUGAGGACCAGAACUUCCGAAAGCUCUCGAAUCUUCGAGGUCUAGAUAUCGAUCACUGGCCCUACCUGGAAUACAUCUCUCCUCUUAGUUUCCAGGGUCUUGACCUCCACUGGCUGUCCAUUACAAACACCAACAUCACCUCCGUCCCCUCUGGUUCCUUCAAAAACAUGGUGCAUCUAACGCACCUCAACAUCUCCUACAACCCCAUCACAACACUGGAGCCAUGGGCCUUCAGAGACCUGAUGAGGCUGAAGGAGCUAAUCAUGGUCAGCACAGGCUUGAUGACGGUGGAGCCCCACGCCCUCGGAGGCCUCCGGCAGCUUCGGGUCCUCAACUUCUCAUCAAAUGACCUGCAGACGUUGGAAGAGGGUUCCUUCCACUCUGUCAACAGCCUGGAGACCCUCAGAGUGGAUGGGAACCCUCUAAUGUGUGACUGCCGUCUGUUGUGGAUCCUGCAAAGGCGCAAGACCCUCAACUUUGACGGCAGGGUGCCUGUGUGUGCAGGGCCUGUGGAGGUGCAAGGGGUCAGCCUGAGUACCUUCACUGAUUCUGCACUCUUUGAUCAUUUCACAUGCCAGAAACCCAAAAUACGCAACCGCAAGCUUCAGCAGGUGAGCGCUCGGGAGGGCCAACCCGUGAGUUUCUUCUGUCGUGCUGAAGGGGAACCAGCUCCCGCCAUCAUCUGGAUUUCCCCGCAGCGCCGACGGAUCACCGCUAAGAGUUUGGGCCGCAUCACGGUUCUCCCGAGUGGCACCCUGGAGAUCCGCUACGCCCAGCUGACCGACAGCGGAACCUACAUCUGCAUCGCCAGCAACGCCGGAGGCAACGACACCUACUUCGCCACACUCACAGUACGCGGCCAACCGCUGGACGCCGCCUCAGCCUUUUUUCUCAACCGCUCUCUGUACAGCGGCGAGUUCUUCAACGACACUAACUUGAACAGCACUCGGGUUUUCCUCAAGUUCACCCUGGACCUGACAACCAUCCUGGUCUCCACGGCCAUGGGUUGCAUCACCUUCCUGGGAGUGGUGCUCUUCUGUUUCCUGCUGCUGUUCGUGUGGAGCAGAGGACGCGGCCAACGCAAGAACUUCACGGUGGAGUACUCCUUCCGGAAGUCCGAGCCCGCCACCGGGAGCACAACCGGAGGCACCAGGAAGUUCAACAUGAAGAUGAUAUGAAACAACGCAGCCAGGGGUCCCUCGGGGGAGGCAUGAGCACGUCCCAAAACAUUCGCACACAGCUGUUGACUCGCACUAAAACUAACAACAUCCAAGUUGACUCGCACUAAAACUAAGAACAUCCAAGUUGACUUGCACUAAAACUAAGAACAUCCAAGUUGACUCGCACUAAAACUAAGAACAUCCAAGUUGACUCGCACUAAAACUAAGAACAUCCAAGUUGACUCGCACUAAAACUAAGAACAUCCAAGUUGACUCGCACUAAAACUAAGAACAUCCAAGUUGACUUGCACUAAAACUAAGAACAUCCAAGUUGACUUGCACUAAAACUAAGAACAUCCAAGUUGACUCGCACUAAAACUAAGAACAUCCAAGUUGACUCGCACUAAAACUAAGAACAUCCAAGUAGCCCUGACUGAGGUCAAUUAGCUAAAUGAACUGGCCAUUGGAAUAAGGUUUGUGUUGCUGAUACUUGAUUGAGGUAUAACUAAUACUUCUUUGUUUUCUAUAGUCAGAUUGUCUUCCCUUCCUUACAGAGAGCUCAAAGCCUUCAUUUGUAGAGUUUUUCAGAAGAAAUCAAAGCUUCCAUUGGAUUGAGGCUUUAUUUGGCUAUGUUGCGACAACUUUAGCUGUGUGAGUUUGGGACGAGCACACUGGCCAACAAUUGCCACGACAUCCUGUGUCCAAGGGAUUUGUUUUUUCACAAGCCCGUUGGACACAGGGCGCCAUGGUAACCAAGGCAACCAACACAACAGAGAGCAUUGGGACAAGAGGGUUUUAAGGGUAGGAAGGAGGAGGUCAUCUUCUUCUUGAAAAAAUACAUUUGGCCCCCAAGCUCCUGGCCCCAGCUCUCUGCUGCGUGGUUGGACGUCUGACUUUCCAAGCGCUGCCAGGGGGAGCAGCCUGGAGAGUUGGCCCCCACUCAGAGGCAGACAGAGGACACACCUGGCUGGCAUACAUGUUCUCUCAGGAAACGCUAGGUAGAGUGGGUAUAACAUUCCAGCAAUAAUGCGUGUAGAGCCAUGAAAAUGCAACUCAUUCCCUGGGGAUGUGAGAAACUAAGCCAUAGUAAUUGCGCUUGUUUUUAUACAGUAAUUCACACAACAAACUGAGAAUAAUUGAAAGGAUAAUGAAUUCAAACAAAUCCCAACGGUGUCUGCCUCUGACAUGGUCCAGUGUGCAAAUGUCUCUGCCCCCCUAGCCCAGUGCAUCCCCCCUACCUUCCCUGUACACCCCCCACUGGGUCCUCCUUUCGGGAGGGGUCCCUGGCUGGAGACUGCGGAUUGAAAAUGUAAAUGAAGUGGUGUGAACCCUACCCACGCCAUGGUGUAGUGGAGAGUCGUACUGUGUUUUGUUGUUUGUUAUUUCUCACAGCGGGUCUGUUGUUUGUCCUCCUAUUUUCAUUUCCUGGGUUGUUGUGGUUCAUACUUGGCACUUUCAAAGCUCCCAUUCCUCCAUGCAGGGCUGUUCUGUUCUCAACACAUCAGCAGGUCUUUGCUGUAAAACACACCUCAUUGUCACUUUUGGGUCAGUCUACCUAAAUGCGGGGCUGUAUAACCAUCAGUCACUACCAUCCAUCCAUCUUCUUCCACUUAUCCAAGGUCAGGUUGCGGGGUCAGCGCCCAAGCAAAGAAGUCCAGACUCUCCUCUCCCCAACAACUUCAUCCAGCACCUCCCAGGGUAUCCUGAGGCGUUCUCAGGCCAUCUGGGAGACAUACUGUAUUUUUCAGACCAUAGGGCGCACCGGAUUAUAAGGCGCACUGCCGAUGAGCGGGUCUAUUCAGGUUUAUUUUCAUACGAAAGGCGCACAAGAUUAUAAGGCGCAUUAAAGGGGUCAUAUUAAGAUUAUUUUCUACAUUUAAAAGACUUCCUUGUGGUCUACAUAACAUGUAAUGGUGGUUCUUUGUUCAAAAUGUUGCAUAAAUGAUGUUUUACAAGUCACUUUUUGACCGUUGCCUCAGGAUGCGUCGUUUUAUGGGCGGUCUUAUUUACGUGCCUCCACUUGGACAUCGUCUUCUCCCCGUCAUCUUUGUUGUAGCGGUGUAGCGUGCAAGGACAGGAGUGGAAGAAGUGUCAAAAGAUGGCGCUAACUGUUUUAAUGACAUUCGCACUUUACUUCAAUCAAUAACGGAGCAGCAUCUCCUCAUCCGUGGCUCACUAGUGCAACAACACCCGAAAUGUGUCCCGUGAAAAACUGUCCAAAUGGAACUCUCUAAUAACUAAACUUCCGUGGGUGAGUUAUAUAAAGUCACUACACUGGUAGUUUUUAGCACUUCCAUAGCGAGUCUACUGACAGAUAUAAGUAAGAACUUGACACUACUUUAUAUUAGAAAUGGCAACAGUGGAGGAUGAAUGUCACAUAACAAGAAGAUGGAAAAAAAGAAGAAACUUAUCGACUACGGCGUCGGCACGGACUACACUGGCGAUCACGCACAUAUUUUCAGGACUUAUGCAGAUCCCAAAUACACAUCAGCCUGAACUGGAAGGUAAGAAAAGUUGGUUUUGCAUAAUAUUGCAAAACAAAACGCCAGAUAAUAUGUUUCCUAAUAGGUGCCCUUUUAGAGUCCUCAUACCCAAUCUACCUCAUAAUAAUACUUUAUGUUGAAUCACAGUACGUCUGACUAUGGUAGUCGUAAUGCUCCGACAAUCCAUCAAGCGGUGCGGCUUUGUAGCUGACCAAAGUCGUACUAAAACAUUUUGACAGAUUUCUGAGCGCCGUGUGCAAUGUUCUAUGUAUUCCAUUGAACUUUAAAGUUUUGGUGUUGUUUACUGGCGUCAUCUUGCAGUGCACACGUAUCUCUUAUUUGUGACUGCCAUCUACUGGUCCACUUAUUAUUAUACCAUGUCCCAAAUAAAAUUGCUUUGAGGUCAGUAAGCACAACCAGAAUUAUUGUGUACAUUAGGCGCACUGAGUUAUAAGGUGCACUGUCAAUUUUUGAGAAAAUGAAAUUAUUUUAAGUGCGCCUUAUAGUCUGAAAAAUACGGUCCCC